AUGAAAACACGUGUUGUGAGUCUUUUUGUCGAUUUCUUUGACUCGUACUCCUACAACAUCAUCCACUACUUACGCAAGGUGAACAAGGCAGAGCCCAUAAUAGUGCACCCAGGAGAAGUGUCUUUUGAGGAAUUUAUGAAAAGGUAUUAUGACAAAGUGGACAAUGUAGUGUUAUCUCCAGCAUAUGGAAAUCCCGAAACGAAUGGAAAUCCUGGUGAUUUCAUUGUAGAUUUGCUAAAGAGGAAGAUUGAUAUUCCUAUAUUGGGAAUAUGUUAUGGGCAUCAGCUAAUAUGUUACAUCUAUGGAUGCAAAAUAAAAAAGGUGAAAAACAUGUUUCAUGGGGAUACUAAUAUAAUUAAUAUAUGUAAAUAUGGAAAUAUAGUUAGCGAUUUGUUUAAGAAUAUAAAUGAUGGAUUCAAAGCAACAUGUUAUAAUUCCUUAAAAGUGAGUAAAAAGAUAAGUAAUGCUUUCCUAAUAACAUGUUACUCCAUUUGUGUAAAUGAAUAUAUAGUUAUGGGCAUACAACACAAACAUUUGCCAUACUAUACUGUCCAAUAUCAUCCAGAAUCCAUCGAAAGUGAAUUCAGCACAACUUUUUUCGAGAAUUUUAAAAAUAUUACCUUAAAGAGUCACAAGUAUGGGGGAAAACCUGUCAAUGUCAACUACAGGGAAUGUGAUUUAUGGAAUCAAUAUAUUCAGGUAGAGAUAAAAGGAGCCCAAAGCAGAAAUGAACACAGUAAGAAAAAGUGGAAAAUUAAAGUUGUGAAAAUUUCAGGAGUGCCAAAUUUGUGUAAAUGUGCACAGGACAUUUUUAAAACUGUUUCUUAUAACGAAAAAGAUGUGUCUUUUUGGUUAGAUAGCAACAACGAAGUUUUAUAUACAUCAGUGCAAGGAGAUUCAAAGUGGGGUCAAAACAGUGGCUCUUCUACUGCUUCUUUUGCUACUGCCUCUCCUGCCACUGCCUCUCCUGCUUCUACCUCUGGGCAUGACCAUGAAGCGGAUGAGAACAGGGACGAACGGAAUGAUGCUUUAAACAAUUCAAGGUUUUCUUAUAUGGGAAAUAGCAAAGGGCAAUUAAGCGAAAUGAUAGAGUACUAUUAUUCCGAGGAUGAGGGAACGGAUCAUAUUAACGGAACAAUUGUUCAUUUGAGAAAAGCUCAAAAUGACAAAUUGUAUAAAAUUAGCUAUUUUAGUGAAGAUGCAAAUAAUUGUCUCGUUUAUCAUUUACAAGACAGGAUAAACGAUUUUAAAAAUAACUAUAAUAUCCAUUUGGAGGAAAUAAAAAUAGAAAAUAUUUUUCUCCAUGAAGAAAAAAAUUUGACAGAACGUGAUGUCAUUUUUAGUAAUAAGAAAGCUAAUAAUGCACAUUCUAAUUCUAGGAUGAUAGAACGGGGUAUUAACAUGGUGAAAUAUAACAGUGGUGUAGGAGAAGUUGCACACAGAGGUGCUGAUCCUUCUUAUGAACGAUACGUAUCAAAAGGUAUAGUGGAAGAUGACGAAUUUAUAAUGCAUAAGGACUCUUGUUUGUUGGGAUACUUUGGUUUCUUCACAUAUGAAUAUAAAUAUGAGACUAUGAAAAAUUUAUAUAACAAUAAAUGGAAGAAGUAUAUCAAAUGUGAUGAAAAAAAUACAACUCCAAUAUGUGUUUUUAUCUUCCCCCAAAAUUUUAUCACAUUUGAUUUUGUUAAGAAGUGCAUAUAUUUAAUUUCUCUCGAGCCGGAAAAGACAAUUCCUAACCCUACAAUUGGAAAUUUCUCUAGCAGAACAAACUCCUCAUGUAUGCACUGUCCAUUUGACAGUGAUCGCAGUAGUCCAGAUGUGGAAGAUAUCCUACUGUAUAAUGCAAAAUGGAAUUACGAGACUAUUCAUACAAUUGUGCAAAUCGUCAAAAUGUCAUCAUAUUGUAGUAGAGACAACCAAAUAUCUCCAACGUAUGGUGAAAUAGAAAAACCAAUUUUACCACUUGAACAUUUGUCGAAAAUAGAUAAAUGCAAUAAGAACAAAAUAAUUUUCACCCCUGUUGUAAGGAAAUUGGAAUAUAUAGAAAAUGUAAAAAAAUGUAAAGAAUACAUUGAGAAGGGUUCUUCAUAUGAACUCUGCUUGACAACGAAUUUUCGUGGUCAUUAUUUCAUAUCAGAUAGUGAUUCCACCCCCCUUGAUUUGUUAAAUAUGUAUAUGUAUGUAAGAAACAUCAAUAAGGUCUCCUACAGUUGUUUCAUACACUAUCAUCGUAAAAUAAAUAUUCAAUCAAUCUCAACUGUUAGUAUGCUAACAUCGAUAGAUGAAGAUUUAAAAUUCACAAUAAUGUGUUUUAGUCCAGAAGAAUUUCUUAGAAAAAAUAAAGAUGAAAUUCUGUUUAGUAAACCAAUUAAGGGUACAAUAAAGAGGGGAAAGACGAAAGAAGAAGAUAUACAAUUUAAAGAACACCUCUUGAAUAAUAAAAAGGAAAGAGCUGAAAAUUUGAUGAUUGUAGAUUUGACAACAAAUGACUUCAACAGAAUGUGCCAAAUGGAUACUGUUCAAGUGAAGAAAUUGUUUCACAUAGAAACAUACACAUAUUUACACCAAAUGGUGUCUCAAAUAUGCGGUAAAAUAAAACCUCAUAAAACUUUUGCCCAUGCAAUUCUAAAUAUCUUUCCAGGUGGUUCCAUGACAGGGGCACCGAAACCUAUAUCCAUCUCGAUUCUGCAAGACAUUGAAAAGAUCCCUCGGGGUGUUUACUCUGGAUCUAUUGGGUUCAUCUCUGUCCAGGGAAAUUUCAUUCUUAACAUAGUUAUAAGGACGGCCAUAAUAAAAAAUAGUACAAUCUUUGUAGGAGCAGGUGGUGCUGUUACAAUUAAGAGUGAUGAGACGGAAGAGUAUGAAGAAAUGCUUCUUAAAUUUAUGAGCGUGGCACGGCCUAUUUGCUCCUAUUUGUUGGAACAUCAUAAUGUACAAGUGGAAUACAAAUAUUAG